CACCAAGCACACGUGAACUUCAGUUGGUUCAAGACUGAAAGUUGGUGAACACAUUCAGUUUCAGUUUCAUUAACAAUCUGUGGCGUCUAAACGGACUUUCAGUAUGGGUGUUUCCUGAGGAUGGUUCUCACACAAAGUGUGAAGCAUGUUGACUGUUUCCUCCGUUUUGCCUCCAAGAUAAAAAGUGACGUCACAAGGUUAAGCAGUUUAAUCUCAGAAACUCUCAACAACAUCUCCUUGUUGGUAGUAAUGUAUAGGCCAGCAGCCAUUUUGCAUCCUGAUUUCAUUGCACAGCUUCAAAGAAGUGGACAGUAUCCACCCAACCUUUUUGUCCCAAUCCUCAACUUCCCCUUCCAACCCCAGAUCUUAGCCAACCCUGCUGGCUUCAUCAAUCCAGCCUCCGUGCCCAUCCAGAGGAAUGAAGCUGCAGAUUUGAGAGAGAAGAUACGCACUGAUAUACUACGGAAACUCAAGCACGAAGGAAGUGAAAGUCCACAGCUACUGUCACCUGACUUUGCAUCUGACAGCUUAGAUGGUGUUACAAUGUUUAGGAGUGCAAGGAAUGAUAAUGCUGUACAUAGCAGGUCUAACAGCAGUAAGGAGAACCCAGGUAUGAAGCGACCCCGGAGUGGGUCACGCUUUGAGACGCCAAAGAAACCCCGCAUGGGAAAGCCUGAAGAGAAGGGUUUCCCUACAGGAAUCCAGUGGUCCAUUCCUCAGACUAUUGCUCCUACAGGUACAGAGAGGAUAUCGGAGUCUAUAUGGCAGUAUUUCCUGCAGACUCAGCAGACCGAGGACAUCUAUCAGGCUAAAGUACGACUGAGAAAUGCUCUUUAUGCUGUGUUUCAGGGCGUCUUUCCUUUUUGUGGUCUGUACAUUGUUGGGUCAUCCAUGAAUGGUUUUGGCACAAGAAACAGUGACAUGGACCUCUGCCUGAUGCUAUCAAUACAUUCUAUUGACCAGAGGAAAGAAGCUACAGAGAUAUUGUUCCUGCUGCAGAAGUCUUUAAGGAAUUGUUUCUUUGUUAAAAAGUGCCAAGUCAUCCGAGCUGCUGUUCCCAUUCUUCGAUUCUGGGAUAAAUGCAGGGACUUUGAGUGUGAUCUGAACAUCAACAAUGCUGUUGGAAUCAGGAAUACACAUUUACUCAGAUAUUAUGCAACAAUGGACUGGCGGGUACGCCCCUUAAUGCUGUACAUCAAGUUCUGGGCCAGAUUCCAUGACAUUAAUGAUGCAAGGAAGAAGACGAUAUCCAGCUACUCGCUAGGUCUCAUGUUGAUACACUACUUACAGGUUGGCUGUAACCCCCCAGUUCUGCCCUGUCUGCAGACACAGUUCCCUAAAACUUUCAAACCUGAUGCAGAUAUCCGGGAACUGAAACUGAAUGAGAAACUGCCUUUGGCCGAGACGCAGAACAAAGAUUCUCUUGGAGAUCUUUUCCUUGGCUUUCUAGAAUACUAUUCCUUCAAAUUUAAUUUUGAUGCAGAUGCUAUAAGUAUUCGACAAGGUGCACGGGUGCCGAGGAGCGUCAUGAUGAAACAGACAGCAGACAACCAGAGGCAGUGGAAAUGUCUCUGUAUUGAAGAGCCGUUUGACAGGUCAAACACAGCAAGGUCUGUGUAUGACGAGUUCACCUUUCAAAGAGUCCAGCGUGUUUUCAAGAACAGCUUCUUCAGAUUACGAAAGACAAAUGACAUUGAGUCUAUCACCAGUGUCCCAUUCUGAGCAUCAUCAUCAGCAGCAGCAGACCAUAACUGCUGAUACAGACAGAUGGCUACAGGCCAUCGCUACACCUUCCAAACUCAGGGUUCUUCAUGGACGCAGCACAUCCUUGUAGUGACAAGGGGAGGAAACUCUCCCCUGUAUUAUUACUCUACUGACAUUACUCAGUGUUGACCCAGUUGUUUUGGUGAAGAUUCAUGACUGAUUCAAUGUCAGUAUUGCUUUCUGGUAGCUUUUCAGUGAAGCCAACAAAAGCCCCCGGACAUGCUUCAAGUUAGGUGUGGAAUAAUAUUUAUGUGUGUGCAUAAUUUUGGAAAUGAGUACCAAAUGGACAUUAAUGACAACUGAAAAGGAUCUAAAAUUUGUGUUGAUACUUGACAUAGGAAACGUGCUGUUCUGGUCUUGAACUGAUGACCGGUCCUACUCCAGUCAAUGUGUAGUGCCGCUGUCAUGAUAGGAUGACACGAGUCAUAUUAGACUGAUCUCAGGGUACUAGUUGUAUCAGUGUAUCAGAGCCUCUUGUGUACCACUUGAACUUGCAGUGUACUUCAUCUGCCUCAUCUGUGGCCCCAAGUGAUCAAGGCCUCUUGUGUACCACUUGAACUUGCAAUCCUGCCUCAUCUGUGACCCCAAGUGAUGAGUCUUGUUUGGAAAUUACAAGAGAAGGGCGGAGUAUUCCUACAGAUCCUCUGGCUGCUGAAAUCUCUGUGAAUGUGUGUAAACCUUUCAGUUUGUGUGGACAGUGUGCAUGAUAUCCAGUGUGUAGCUAAGAAUAUACAAAGAGUGAAUCACUGUGAACACUAGAGAAUUGUCAGUGUUUCGUGUACAUGGCCUUAAUAUUUUCAUGAGCACCGGAGAGAGGAAUUUUCGGUAUGUUGUGUACAUGGACUGUGUGACUCUUCAUGGGGUUUUUCAUCAGCUGGUUCUGGACAAGAGAUAAAGCAGGUGUUUGGCUACUUAUAUUCAGAAAUGUCAGGGAUCUUCCUGUUCAAAAUAAUAAAUUCAUUACACUGUUUACACCACUACAUUUGAUUAUUUCAGCAUGACAUUCAUUGUCUCAACUGUUGAUGUUUCAUACAAAUGCAUCAUAUCAACAUGAGGACUUUUCCCUGUCUGUCUCUGGACAAUCUAAAUGUCAGUCAGUGCUUAUUCACAGUAUCAAUCUAUUUCAAUAAUGUACUCCAACUACACAGGGUGUGAAUUUUUCUGUGGCUAUGAUGAACAACAACCAUGACAUGGUGGCAACUAGAAUCAUAGGAAAUGGCAGUAGCAUCUAGGUUAUUGCUUAAUUUAAGAUGUGUGUCCGGAAAUAUAGGAACAUGUUCAAAGUGGAGUAUGUGAACAAACGCAUUGUUUACUAUCUGAAGCAACUAUAUAAGGUACUAGUACUUUGUAUUUUCUGAAAACUGCUAAAUGUGACAUGCUAUUUUGUGUUUAUACCUUCUCAGUGGUCGAGGAAUUGAUGUAAAUUGAGUCAACUGCUGGGUCUCUGAUUGUAUUUCUAGUGAUUUCUUGGAAGAUCACCAACUGUCUGACCCAUGCAGUAUCUGUUUAAAGUUUACUUAAUAAUAAUGAUUAUCAGAACCUUGUUUACAUAUUCAUCUAUGAUCUUAAGUCAAUAUCAGUGCAAUGAUUUGCAGUUUUCUUUAAUGAAAGGUGUCCAUACCCUGAUACCAGUUUUGCUAGGGUGUUGAUAACAGAGGGAAACCAUUCUCCCUCACUCACUCUCUCUCUCGCGUUCAAUUACCACAGAUGUCAAACAUCAUUUUGACUGUCACUGAUCUCACUUUUGAAUAAAAUGAAUAACAAAGAAUUGAUAUAAGUUAAAUACACCGAUGGAUGCACUGGUCUACUUAAACUUUCUGUAUUUAGUAAGCAGUGUCAUAAUUCUUUAGCUGAUGGCUAGGGGCAUUAAUCAAGGAGCCUUUAUUUUCCCAUUUCCAUGAAAAGUAUCAGUUUGUUUUCAUCUGAUAAUGUUUGUGGGUUUGUUUUUUCUUUGUGAAGUGCUUGUAAAACUAUCCUUUUGAACCAUCUUCUUUGUUUGUUGUUCAACACUGGCCUUAGCAAUAUUCCAGCUAAAUGACAGUAGUCUGUAAAUGUCUGGACCUGGCAAUCCAGUGAUUAACAUCAUGAGCAUAAAUCUUCUCACUUGGGAUAAGAUGACAUGCAUGACCCAAGUCAACAGCCAUGACAGCUUGAAACUGCAUCUGAAACUGUCCCUAACACUAUUGUAUUGCCAGUAGUGGGGCACCUUAUCAAUCGAUACUUGGAUACAGAACUACUUCAGGGGAAUUCCUAAUGUCUAAAAAAGUGUCAAAUAGGGAUGGUUUCGUAACAAAUUUCAUUUAUGGGCAUAUUAUGUCAAGCAUAUCUGUUUUGAAGUUACUAAAGAAUAUAUUCUACUUUCCAAAAGAAGUUGUACACUGUUGUGUGUCAAAUUGCUGUAAUCCCUAUCAUCGGCAGCUCAUCUGGUCUUUGUGUGACCCAAACACUCAACCAAAGCUUUAAGCAUAACAGAGUUUGCUGAUGUGAAGCACCAGCUUCAGCAGCUGAUGAACAUCAACAAACACAACUUCAGUCCUUAAAUCUUUCAUCAGUACAUUUGCAAGUUGUACAGAAAUUCUGUAACAGUAAAUAUACAGCCAUUAUAUAUGAUCACUCAUUCUCAUCAAAAUGUUUAUUGAACAGAACUGAAGUGUGUAGUCUGCUCUCUUGAUCCAUAAUUGCUAGAACCAUGAAUAUUGUCUCGGGAAUAUUGUCUGAAGUACAAGGUGCCACUUAAGUCAAAGUCAUUAGAUAAAGCUCAACUUGCAGCCCUGUCUUAGUAGCAUCAUUCUUCAUGCCAGUCAGGUUUUGUUGACUUCAUUAAUGAUCGUAGAACAAUGUAAGAAGAAAACAAAGAACUGUCUCUCAACAUCUGGGCCUAGAUUUUGAAGCUCUCUUAGCGCUAAGAUAGUCGUAAGUUAAUGUUAAUGUAUGACACUUACGACUAUCUUAGUGCUAAGAAAGCUACGAAAAUCUAGGCCCUGAAGACUUACGGAUUGCUAAUCUCAUCUGGGAGAAGUUGAAUCAAAGGCAAUGAUAGACAAUUACUGAUUUAUUCUCCAAUCUUAUCUCGUGAUAUAUGAAUACAAAUAGUAUAUGAAGACAACUGCAGUGUUCCCUAAUGUGUUGGUCUAAUGUCACUUAACAAGCUAUGUCACAGACAGCUAAAUCUGUCAUGCUUGAAACUGACCUCAGGGAACUUAAAUAUUAAAAAGACAAAAAAAAAAGUAUGAAAUCGUCUCAUUGUAAAAAUCGUUGUGAUGUUCAUGUUUUCAUAGUUUAUGAAUUGACUGUUUUAGGACAAUUUUACAUUGUGAAAGUAAUAUAUGCUUUUUAAGAUCAUUAACUUUCAUUGGAUUAAUGAAAAUGUAAAUACAUUUUGUUUCAGACCAACACAUUGAUGUACAUUAAAGUGUCAGACAUUGUGAUAUGUAAGAUGAAUUAUGUGAAAUAAAACACAUUUACAAAUAA